AUGGCCCCAAGAAAACAAGCUGCAGAACAGAGAAAGGCCACUGAUGAAGCCCACCAGGAUCCUUCAGCCUUCACUUCACUGGCUUCCAAUCCGGCAGCACCCGUUCCUCCCAAGCAACAGGUCGGCAAGAAACCCAGCCCCGACUCCCCAGCUUUGGAGCCAUGGAUGAGGCAGAUGGUUGUCUUGCAGCUGAAAGAGGUGGACGGGAGAAUGCCGGACAUGAGUCAGGACGUGUUCGGCAAGAAGAUGGUCCUGGAUCAGGGAUUCUCCAAUGCAGAAACGGUGAGCAUCCAUUCUUUCAUCACAGGGAUGUUCUACAUCACGUUUGCUUCCUUGGCCAUAUGCAAUCGUUACUGGGAGAUGGGGAAAACUGCGAGACUGGACAUCCCUUUCAAUCGCUUUGUGGGCAACUGGCCAUUCCAGAGAGAAGAGAGGAGAGUGACCUUCUCCAUGUGGAACCCACACAUCCCAGGUAAAGAUAUUGUCGCCUACCUGAAGCGAUUCUGCACCGUGGUGAGGGACCCCACCCACAUAUUAGACGGAAACGGCUUCUGGGCCGGCAAGUGGUCUGUCAUCGUCCGCUUGAACAAAGCCCCGGAUGGCGUACAGCACCUGCCUCAAUCAUUUUCUUUGGGCAACUCUUCGGGACUCAUCUUUUACCCUGAUAUGCUGCAGAUCUGCAGAAAAUGCAGCAAGAAAGGCCACAGUAUAAAGGACUGCAAAGAGACCACCUGCAGGAUUUGUCGUGUGGCAGGGCAUGAAUCCAAGGACUGUCCAAAGAGAACCGCCUGCAACCUCUGUGGAUAG